CGUACGACCAUCAGCUGAAUGUAGAAUGUCCUUAUAACAGAGCACCUUUGGGCGUCCACGGCUCUUAUACUCUUGCGACAUCAUCUCUUCCAGCAGCCUGGAAUGCUCAUCGGGCGCCUUGUCUUCGUCGCUAGGGACACUCCCAAUAGCGUGCCGGGGGAAGAGCUCCUCAAGAUACCCAUCCUUGCCGCUCUUUCUCUCGCCGUCCACAAACUCGGCCGGCCUGGCCCCAGUGAAAGCACGGCCGAGGUAGCACCCCAACAACUAGAUACGGUGCCUCUCCCGAGAGAAGAUGCCGGUGUCGUGCUUGAUAUUGAACGUCUGCAGGACCAGCAAGGUAUCUGCGUUUGCGACGUCCUUUCCACGGGUGCAUGGUGCUUGCAAGCCGUACCUUGGGACCAAAAUGGCAUCGUGCCACUUAUAAGACGUGUUAGCUAUUGCGUUAGUGUAUAAGGGCCUGGGGAUAUACCUUUUUGACUUCUUUACUGUCGUUCCUGUCCAUAUAGCGGCCCGUGGCACUGGCAUACAGCUGCUUGUACUGACG